AUGGGGUAUAACAAGCAUUCUGUCAACUCGUUCAAGAAAAUCUUCGGCCUCAUCCUCACGGCUUAUUUGUCAAACGGGAAAAAUGUUCGAGACUACCGUCUCCGUGACACCGCCCCAGUCAGUACCAUCGACCGCUUCCGCGAUGGCGCAACGUUUCCCAUAGGCGUCGGCGCAAAUCAGAGCCAAUCCACCCAUGGUUUCCAAACCAUCCUCAACGGCCCAGAGAUCGAGACUGCCAUGAAGGGCCUCGAAAAGGAAUACGGCGUCCAGCUAUCUCAGGCACCCCACAAAUCUUUCUGGAGCCAAAAGUCCACCAUCGGCUUCCUGCCCGCCGUUAACGGCGUUAGUCGCGUGGAGUCUAGAAACUACCGCGUCUACCUGACCGCCGGCAUCCAGGCCCGCGAGCGCGGUGGUCCAGACAGCCUCCUCUACUUCGUUUCCGACCUCCUCUGGGCCAACAAGCACAACGCGGGCCUCGUCUACAACAAUAAUACCGCCUACACUAUCGAGCAAGUCCGCACGGUGCUAUCCCUGGGCAUAGUCUUCUUCCCCCUCGUGAACCCGGACGGCCACGCCUGGGACCAGCGCUGGAACAACUGCUGGGGCAAAACCCUCAACCCUGCCUCUCGCCUUUCGGAAAAGAGCCUCGACGGCAUCGGCGUCAACGUUGACCGCAACUUCAACUUCACCUGGGACUACCGCACAAUUUUCAGCGAGAAGGCCCUCGACGUGGCGUCCGAUAAGCCCGAGCACGAACUCUUCCACGGACGCGCACCCUUCUCCGAGGCGGAAUCGCGGAACAUUGGCUCGGUGAUCGACACGCACCCGUCUAUCAGAUGGUACCUCGACGCUCACACCAAGAACCGCUUCGUGAGCCACGCGUGGACGGACACCCCGAUCCAGACCACCCGCCCCGAGAUGAACUUCCGCAACCAGAGCUACGACGGGAAGCGCGGCGAUCCUGCGACGGGCUACGGCGAGUACAUGGUCCCCCGAGACUUGGACAUCUUCCAGGACAUCUCGAACAACAUUGCCUCGCAGAUGUCGAGCGCCUCUGGCGUGCCUGUUUACAGCAUCGAUAAGCUCCGCGAGCAGGGACGAACGUUCCAAGGCGUUUCUGGAUCUGCUGUUGACUGGGCGUACAGCAGACACACCGUGAACCAGACAGCUAGCAAGAUUUACAGCUUCAAGCUCCAUUUUGGAGCGUCGGAGGAGGAGGCAAACGAGAUCGGACAGAAAGGCGGAUGCCAGUACUACCCCUCACACAAGAUAUACCUCAGGUCUCUUCAGGAGAGUUCUGUGGGGUACAUGACUUUUCUCUUGAAUGUCGCCAAGUAUGAAAGAAUCAAGAGCAGGCCGCCAAGGGACUGA